AUGCAGAUUAUCCGCAUAAGUGUGCAGAUAAUCUGCACAGCGUUUUCUGUGUGCGUUUCGAAGAAUUAUGUUCAAUUAGUUCUUCAUUCAAAUUACAACAGUUUCAAACAACAAUUCAAUUUUUUGCUAGUGCCAAACAUUGCCGAUGCAGUGCCUAAUGACACGUUCCCUCGAAAUCAAUUCAGCAUCCCUAAGAAUCUUCAACUCGCUGAUCCUCAGUUUCAUCUACCAAGGUCAAUCGACCUUUUGUUAGCAUCGAACACCACAUUGUCGGUUUUGUCCAUUGGUCAGAUUAAACUCUGCCAUAAAGAUUCUGCCUUAGUCUUACAGAAAACUCGUUUGGGUUGGAUCGUCGCCGGAGGGUCUGAGAUGUUGACUUCUUCAACAACCACUCCUUGCAAUGUCGUCAAAUUGGACAAACUAAUUGAGCGUUUCUGGUAUAUUGAAGACUUUGAUCAUGAACCCGUUCGAUCUCGUGAUGAAAUUUCUUGCGAACAACAUUAUGUUACAGAUACCAAACGUGAUGUUAUUGGAAGAUACAUAAUUCGACUUCCAUUCAGAGAUUCUGAAUUCAAUCUAGGUGAAUCUCGUAGGGAGGCCCUCAAUCGCUUUUGUUCGUUAGACCGAAAACUUUCAUCAAAUUCUCCACUGAAAUCCGAGUACAUCAGAGUGAUGGAGGAGUACAUUUCUCUUGGCCAUAUGACUCUUUGCAAUGAAACUGAAGGUGGGUAUUAUCUUCCUCACCAUGCUGUCAUCAAGGACUCCAGUGAGACCACCAAGGUUCGUGUAGUGUUUGACGCUUCGGCCAAAACUUCUACGGGCAUUUCGCUCAAUGACACCCUCCUGGUUGGUCCCACUAUCCAAAACACCAUAUUUGAACAAGUUCUUCGAUUUCGCACUCAUCGCUAUGUCAGCACAGCGGACAUUGAGAAAAUGUAUCGUCAAAUCCUGGUUCAUCCAGAUGAUCGACAGUUCCAAAAGGUUCUAUGGCCCUAUCAGGGGAAUCUUCGAACUUUCCAACUCAACACUGUGACUUUUGGUACAGCCGCCGCGCCAUUUCUAGCAGUUCGUACUAUUCAGCAACUUGCUCGUGGUGAAGCACACGAUUUUCCACGUGUCAGUAAACUUCUCCUUCGUGACUUUUAUGUCGAUGAUUUCAUUUCCGGGGCCGAUUCUUUAGAUGAACUAUUGACUAUCCGUGAUGAGAUGAUUGCUUUAUUAUCACGCGGUGGUUUCAUCAUUCGUCAAUGGUCGUCUAAUCAUCGUUCAGCUUUGAACACCUUCGAUAAAAAAUUCUUCGAUUUAGACUGUUUGAUCAAAAAUGAUCCAGUCCAGAAAACCUUGGGAAUCAUAUGGGAUGCCCAGAAUGAUCUGUUGCGGUANUUUUGGUACAGCCGCCGCGCCAUUUCUAGCAGUUCGUACUAUUCAGCAACUUGCUCGUGGUGA